GGUAACACUGAAGGCGUAUGAAAUUAUCUAACAAAAAUCUGCAAAGGCAGUUUUUAUUCCAAGACAUUUUCUUAGUUCCUAGCAACAUGUUGACGUUAAGAGGGGCUAUAAAGUCGGACAAGAGUAUUUUACCACUGUUAUGUAACUUAAAACGGGGCGCUGCAGCCAAAGCCGCUACAAAGAUUGCCGCUGGUUCUAAUGGCAAGAUUGUUGCUGUAAUUGGUGCCGUCGUUGAUGUUCAGUUUGACGAUGACUUGCCUCCAAUUUUAAAUGCUUUAGAGGUGGAAAAUCGCGCUCCCCGCCUUGUGUUGGAAGUCGCUCAACAUUUGGGAGAAAACACAGUGCGUACGAUUGCUAUGGAUGGUACGGAAGGUCUGGUGCGAGGACAAAAGGUUCUGGAUACUGGUUACCCAAUCCGUAUUCCAGUAGGAGCAGAAACUUUAGGCCGUAUCAUCAAUGUUAUUGGUGAACCAAUUGAUGAACGUGGUCCGAUCCCAACCAAUAAGACCGCCCCAAUUCACGCUGAAGCUCCAGAAUUCGUGGAAAUGUCAGUCGAACAAGAAAUUCUGGUAACUGGAAUAAAAGUGGUCGAUUUGUUAGCCCCUUAUGCAAAGGGUGGUAAGAUUGGAUUGUUCGGUGGCGCGGGUGUCGGUAAAACUGUAUUGAUUAUGGAGCUGAUUAACAAUGUGGCGAAGGCUCAUGGUGGUUAUUCGGUGUUUGCGGGAGUAGGCGAACGCACUCGCGAAGGAAAUGAUUUGUACAAUGAAAUGAUUGAGUCUGGCGUCAUUUCCUUGAAGGAUAAGACAUCAAAGGUCGCUUUGGUAUACGGUCAAAUGAACGAACCACCAGGUGCUCGUGCACGUGUUGCAUUGACUGGAUUAACUGUUGCCGAGUACUUCCGUGAUCAGGAAGGACAAGAUGUGCUGCUUUUCAUUGACAACAUAUUUCGCUUCACUCAAGCUGGUUCAGAAGUGUCUGCUUUGUUGGGUCGCAUUCCAUCUGCUGUGGGUUAUCAACCAACACUAGCCACUGAUAUGGGUUCUAUGCAGGAACGUAUUACAACAACGAAGAAAGGUUCCAUUACCUCAGUACAGGCCAUUUAUGUGCCAGCUGAUGAUUUGACUGAUCCCGCUCCAGCAACAACAUUCGCUCAUUUGGAUGCUACAACUGUAUUAUCGCGUGCUAUUGCAGAAUUGGGCAUUUAUCCCGCGGUGGAUCCCUUGGAUUCCACAUCUCGUAUCAUGGAUCCCAACAUCAUUGGUCAAGAGCAUUAUAACGUAGCUCGUGGUGUCCAGAAAAUUUUGCAGGAUUAUAAAUCAUUGCAGGAUAUUAUUGCUAUUUUGGGAAUGGACGAGUUGUCUGAAGAAGAUAAACUUACAGUUGCUCGCGCUCGCAAGAUUCAACGUUUCUUGUCUCAACCGUUUCAGGUCGCUGAAGUGUUCACUGGUCACGCUGGAAAAUUAGUCCCAUUGGAAGAAACUAUAAAGGGAUUCAAUGAAAUUUUGUCAGGUGAAUACGAUCAUCUUCCUGAAGUAGCUUUCUAUAUGGUUGGACCCAUCGGAGAGGUCGUGCAAAAGGCGGAACGCUUAGCUAAAGAAACUGCUUAGGGUAAUGAAAAAUUAACUGUAAAAUGUAAAUAAUGGGUCGUCAGAUAACUCAUAGUAACAAUCUAAAGUAUCCUAAAUAUAA